UUGGGCCCGUUGGGCCAAGCUUUUUUUGCAUUCGAGCUUGCGAGGAGUCGAUCAAGCAACGACGAUGGACGAGGAAGCGCUCCUCGAGAUGAAGUACACAUCCUGGUGCUGCGAGGUUCGCCAUGUGCUCUCGCGGCUUCUAGCCCUCGGGAAGGCGCACGUCCCGCGGCAGUCGCCGCCGACGAAGCCGGACGCGCCGGCCUUCUCGCUCUCCCGCUGCGAGGCCUGCCCCCUGCUAUGGCAAAUCAAAGGCGGCGCCAACGACGUAUUUAUUCACACCAAGACGGAGAAGAACGUGGUGACGGACCAAGACGUGGCGACCGACGUCGUCCAAUUUCCGCAGCGGUUUGCUCGCUUUGAGGACUCGGUCUUGCCCUUGCACUCGCUUCAAGGUGUCUCGUUCGUGCGACUGGACUUGACCAAAUGCAUUAAGGCCCACCCGACGCCGGCCCUGCUUGAGCUCAACGAUAUCGAGCGCGCUGCUGACCGGCUGAAAGCACUGCGCAGUUCCUUGAUCAAGAAGGCGGACGCCGGUAACUACACGGCGUUCUUGGCACACAUCAAGGCCGACGUGAGCUCCAAGUGCCACAAGCUUGCGCUCGUUUUCGUCCACACCCAGCUGCACAACAUUGCGUUCAUGCGCACGCAAACGCGUUCGGUCAUUGUCCGGCGGCACACUGCGUUUACAAGUUGGAUGGAUGCCAAGUUCCGUGAGGCCGACAUGGUCGAGCCACCGACCAAAGUCGCCCGGACGUCGCCGCCGCGGGACACAACGACGCCCUCCAUGACGACGCAUGGCAUGCCUUUUACAACGCCAUCAUGAACAAGAACCCGAGCAUGGCACCGGCACGCGCGACCGAGUUUGCAAUGGCGCUGCAAGCCGAGCUCCAGAAGGAAGUCCCGCUUCGCUCGCCAUUCCACCUCAAUGAAGGCAUGAAAAAACUCGCCAACGACCUAGCGACGAAGGAAGAGAUGGAGCUUUACGUAUCCCUGGGUCCAAAUGCGAUCGGCAACUACUUCAAGGCCUUUCUGCCAGCGCAAACCACACGUCCCGUGCCCCUCUCUGCGCUCGCCCCGCUCCGCCCCGCGCCCCGUCGCCCCAGAAGGCGCGUCACGUUCCCACCCAUCCUGCAGCACAUCAAGUAUUACGAUCCUGACGACAAACCCGAAUGUGUGCGCCAUGCCCCCGUGCACCAAAGGCGCUCCACCGAGACAACAGCACGCACCAUGCCACGCGGCGGACCCACGCCAACCACCAAGCCGUAUGAACCGUAUACCCGAAAGAUGCAG